GUUCGUUCGCCCAGCGCUGCUACGAUCGGCAGCAUCAGUAGCAGAUCAUCAGAUCACUGUGGCUGUGCUACGAGUGUGCGCGCGUAACGACGCCAGCGCAGCGUAGCCCAUUUGGAGUAACAAGCGCGGCAGUCAAACAAUUCAGCGAGUCUUGCGUUUUUACCAAGAGUGCAUCCACUUCGCAAAUCGUACUUUGCUACCUCCCCUACGUUACUGGAGAGUGUGUAUCACGACCAGCGUAGCGGUCAAACGAAAACCCCCAAAACAAAAUGACGAUCAACGAGAGGACAUCGCUGCUGCCGAAGGACUACCAGAAGAACUACAUCAUACCGAUGCCGCAGGACGACGAGAACAAUAAUGUCAGCGAUAGCAACAAUAACAGCAACAGCAUGGACAAUGACGUACUCCGAGAGUAUGACAGCUUCGCCUUGACGAAAGCUGAGCUGAACAAAUACAUUGACGAUCCGUGGUGGGUCCGGAUGCGGUACGGAUGUUUCGUCACCUGCUGGAUCGUGUGCCUGGUGGCGCUUGCCAUUUCCCUCUACAUAGCGGGCGAUGCGGUCCAGCACGGCUAUUGCAUUACACGCGAGACGGUCACGAACGCUAGUACUACGCCCGUCGCAGCAGUCAACAUAUUGCCGGUCAGCAGCAGCACUGGCGCCGGUGCGGGCGGUGAUCAACCAUCGUCUUCCAUCGUCUUUGCGCUGCUCAGCGGACAGCAGGUUGCCUGAGUGCGUUACGCAAAGGGCGCAAAAGGAUUCUAAACACAUUUUGCCGCAUUUUAUUGCUGUGAUCGGCGUGACUCAGUCUCGCCGCGACACUCUAUUUAUUAUCAAUCACCGAUAAUUUGUAAAUAGUAGUUUUCUUAUCGCACACGCUCUACGCUCUAAGGCGAGAGGAAAGGGCAGUUACCGGUACGGGAACCGGCCAGCCAAGAUCAGAUGGAAAUGAUGCAAUACUCGAAUGCAAGCACGUCAUGGUGCCUGAUCAUCACCGAGCCGCUUGUGGGCCCGGGCGAACUCCCUCAGCAAUGACAUUGACACCGCGUAAUCAAAUCGCGUGAAAAGGAACCCCACGCCGCCGCGUACAUCGUCACGGCACAUUGUUUGACAUUCCACGAGGACACUCGAUCAUUCGAUCGAUCGAAUGGACAGCCGACGCCGCGAGCUAGCGUGGGGAUAUUAGGAAUAAAAUAAAAGACAACAUUGUUUAUACAACACAACAUAAACCAACUCGUGUUGAGCAAAUCUAUUCCAGAUUCAAGGAUUUGGUCGAUCAAUUAUCAUUAUGUCGUAGAAUGGUGAAGGUUAAACGCUCGUUUGACGUACCAACGGUAAGCCAAGUCGAACCAAGAUUUAAUGACAAAACAAAACAUCGAACAAAAGUCCGGAAAUCUUCCACCGACCAACGUUCCCGUCGGUAAUCAGUCCGGGAGCGCCCCUGGGAGACGCCUUUCGGUAGAAUUCCAUCGCCGACGCUCGUCGUCAUCAAGAAUCGAUUCCGUUCCGACGGAAGGCGCAAAUCUUCCGUAACCGCGACCGAAGGUCAAGGUUCUACGGAUGGGCAUUCCUCGCGGCUGUUGCGCACAACGGAAACACCAUCGGGCUAGUCCCCAUCCAGCCAGCGUAAUUGUCGGCUCGACGUUAUCAACGUCACACGUCAGCCACGGUAAAGCCGGUCUUUCGUCGUUUCCUGGUCUUUCGCCGCGCAGAAGCUUCCGAUGAUGCGCAAUGCGUUGUGCCGCGACCGUUGAUGCGAGAUAGUGCGCGUCGUCGAGUGCAUCUCGUUCCACGAGCGAAGAUCUUAUUAAUGAUGUAACAUUUGUUUGUGCUUUAAUCAGACAGAGUCGCGAUCGUGCUAAUGGAAGGACGAUCGACUUUGUCCGGCUGGCAUGCGGGAAAUCCUUCCAGCGAAUUCCGUCAACAUUGCGGUGGAAUAACAAAGGAAUCGCGAAGAAAGGCAAUGAUAGGCGAAGAGAGGGUGAGUCAUUGUAAACAAACGGGAUGUUCGAAGGUGAAAGUUCUAUGGACUUUUGGAAGCUAAUGUAAGACAUUGUAAGAAAUUGAAUAACAAAUAUUAUAUGAUGGUGUAUAACACUAUUUAAUAAGUGUUUAAACAUCGCCAAUUGUUAUCAGAAAGAAUAGCGAUUUGAAAGUCGUAGUAGGCCAAUAGAUUGCAUUCAGAUACACUCAGAUCUAGUAUGCCUGAAUCUAGUUAACUUAGAUAGGAUUGUGUUUUUUUAAAACAUUAUGUAAAGGCGAAAAUUAAAGUAAAAAGUAAAAUUAAUUUAAAAAGUUAACUUAUAACAUGGUAGAAAGAAUCACAAUUCCCAAAGGUUUCGUUCAUUGCAAAUAAAAAUCUAAAAUACAAAAUUGAUUAAGAAAUUGAUUUUAACAUACAUAAGAACGGGCGAGUCGUAUGUAUACCUAAACAAAAGGUUGAAAAACGCUAACAGGAUAAAUAGCG